AUGGAGGGCGAGAUGGAUGUCGAUACACCCGAGCAGAGGGGCACAAAGCGUCCGGUGGAGGAGAAUGAUGUUUCUGGACCUCCUAAACCGAAGCGGAUCAAGGCCCUAGACCCCGACGUGGUCAAUAAAAUUGCCGCUGGUGAAAUCAUCGUCGCGCCUAUGCACGCACUCAAGGAGCUGAUCGAAAACGCUGUGGAUGCGGGAUCCACAUCGAUCGAAGUUCUCGUCAAGGAUGGUGGGCUGAAGCUACUACAAAUUACGGACAAUGGACAUGGCAUUGAUGUAGGUUGGCCAGGACAUGAUAUGCUGGAUCGUGAUGAUCUUCCCAUUCUCUGUGAGCGAUUUACAACGUCCAAACUGAAAGAAUUCGAGGACCUUUCUUCUAUCGGGACAUACGGUUUCCGCGGCGAAGCGUUGGCAAGUAUCAGUCAUAUUGCCCACUUGACAGUUACAACGAAGACCGCAGGAUCCAGCUGUGCCUGGCGAGCGCACUAUGGUGAUGGCAAGCUGGUCCCGGCCAAACCAGGCCAACCUGCUGCGCCGAAGGCUACCGCCGGACGAGGAGGAACACAGAUAACCGUGGAGGAUUUGUUCUACAAUGUGCCCACUCGCCGUCGCGCCUUUCGAUCAGCAAGUGAAGAGUAUGCCAAGAUCCUCGACGUGGUAGGCAGGUAUGCGGUACAUUGUGCCGGAGUCGCUUUCUCAUGCCGCAAGCAUGGUGAUUCAGGCGUUAGCGUUUCGACCCCGUCGGCUGCCAGUACGAUUGACCGGAUUCGCCAAAUUCAUGGCAGCGCGGUUGCCAACGAGCUAGUCGAGUUCAAGGUCUCUGAUGAUAAGCUUGGUUUUCGUGCCUCGGGACUUGCGACAAAUGCCAACUACCAUGUCAAGAAAACUACCAUCCUACUCUUCAUCAACCACCGUGCCGUUGAAUCGACCGCUAUCAAACGAGCCGUGGAACAGACAUACUCUGCCUACUUGCCCAAAGGCGGCCAUCCUUUCCUGUAUCUCGACCUGGAGAUCGAGCCCAACCGCGUCGAUGUCAAUGUCCACCCGACAAAGAGGGAGGUCAACUUUUUGAACGAAGAUGAGAUCAUCGAGAUGGUCUGCGACGAGAUCAGGUCCAAACUAGCUCAAGUCGACUCGAGUCGAACCUUCCUCACUCAAAGUCUUCUGCCGGGUGUACAGACCAUUGAAACACUUCAACCAUCAUCCAAAGAUGACGCCGCGGAUGGGAAAGCAGCAGCUACUCCCAAGACACCCGCACCAACGAAACGUCCAUACGAAAACAAUCUGGUUCGAACGGACUCCAAAAUCCGCAAAAUCACCUCUAUGCUCACUCCAGCUCCUAUCCCCUCACCUUCUGGUCAGGGUACAUCUACCGAGCCCGGCAUUCUACCACCUCCCAUUCAAGACGACGGACUACAGUACGAAAUCACAGAUCGUCAGCCACUCCGCAUCGCCCUAACAUCCGUCAAAAAUCUCCGCAGUGCCGUUCGCGCCACAAUGCACAACACAUUAACCGAGAUGUUCGCAUCGCACACAUACGUCGGUCUGGUGGACGAGCGACGCCGUCUCGUAGCCAUUCAAUCCGGCGUGAAACUCUACCUGGUAGACUAUGGGCUCGCAUGCAACGAAUUCUUCUACCAAGUCGGACUAACAGAUUUUGGAAAUUUCGGUGUGAUCAAGCUAGAUCCACCGCCAAAGCUGGUCGAUCUAUUGCAAAUCGCAGUCGAUGCCGAGAAAGAGGAACAAGCCGAUGGGAAUAACCCGGAAGCUGCCAGUAUUCUGGCCAAUGCUGCGGAGUUGAUCUCUCGGACCCUGGUCGAGCGACGGGAGAUGCUCGACGAGUACUUUUCAAUGAAGGUCAGUGAAGACGGGGAGUUGCUUACCCUCCCGCUUUUGUUGAAGGGGUAUGUUCCAUCGCUGGCGAAGCUACCGCGCUUCCUACUUCGUCUUGGUCCGUAUGUGGACUGGACGGGUGAGGAGGAGUGCUUCCGCACGUUCUUGCGUGAGCUGGCUGCUUUUUAUACACCGGAGCAACUCCCAGUUCUCCCGUCACCGCCGUCAAGGGAUCUUUCAGCAAAUCCCAUCACGGAGGUCGGGCAAGAACGGGCCCAAACCAGUGCAGAGGGUGCAAUGGAAGGGAACGAGGACCCAAUGAUCCAGGCGCGCCGUGCGCAGAUGAUGAGAAUGUUAGAGUACGCUGUCUUCCCGGCGAUUCGCUCGCGAUUGGUAGCUACGUCCCGUAUGCUCAAGGGGGUAGUCGAGGUCGCCGAUCUAAAGGGUCUUUACAGAGUAUUUGAGCGAUGUUGA